AGCCUCCCCUCCCCUCCUCCUUGCUCUGUCUUACUCCCUCUCUGGAUGACCAGGAUCUACUGCAUCCCAGUCCGGCCUCUGGACCUUCAGCCCUGCCAGGGCUACCCCUGAGCCUGACAAGGGGACCUGUUUCCAGAACCCAGGACUGCCCACUCUCCUGCCCAUUCCCAGCCCAGGGCAGGCAUCUGUGCAGUCUCCUUUGGGGACGACCUCUUGGGAAGAUCCUGAGAACCUCCGGGAAGAGAUAAGACAGGGUGCCCUCCUCCGCUCCAAGAUGCCUGAGCCAGCCAGAGGGACGGCCUUCCGGCUGGAGACGACAGAAGGUGACCAGGAAGGGGGGUCAGCGGCUGCUUCGGAAGAGAGAGGAUCUAGAGACCAGCUACCCCCGAUGGAGUCGGCCUUCCAGAAGGAGAGCAAGAGCUUCUCCCCUCAGAUCAAAGUUAAUCUCAAUUACCGCAAAGGGGUAGGUCCCAGCCCAUCAGAUCCAAACCGUUUUGACCGUGACCGACUCUUCAAUGCAGUUGUGGGGGGAAACCCGGACAGCCUGAAUGGUUUGCUGGAAUAUCUGAUGUUGACCAGCAAGUAUCUCACAGACUCAGAAUUCACAGAUGCCUCCACUGGGAAAACCUGCCUGAUGAAGGCUGUGCUGAAUCUCCGGGACGGGAUGAAUGAGUGCAUCUUACCGCUGCUACAGAUUGACCGUGACACCCGGAACCCCCAGCCUCUCAUCAAGGCCGUGUGCACUGGGGAGUACUACAAAGGUCACAGCGCUCUGCACAUUGCCAUUGAGAAGAGAAGUCUUCCGUGUGUGAAAGUGCUGGUGGAGAAUGGAGCUGACCUCCAUGCCAGGGCCAAUGGGCGGUUUUUUGGGAAACAGAGUCAAGGAAUUUGCUUCUAUUUUGGGGAGCUGCCACUGUCAUUGGCCGCCUGCACUAGGCAAUGGGAUAUUGUAUCAUACCUCCUGGAGAAUCCCGACCCUGACCGCCGAGCCUGCCUAGAGGCUGUGGACACCUGGGGCAACACAGUCCUCCAUGCCCUGGUGAUGAUUGCGGAUGACUCAGUGGAGAACAGCGCGCAGGUGAACAGCAUGUAUGACUACAUCCUCCAAAUUGGUGCCCGCAUCUGCCCCUCUGUGAAGUUGGAGAACAUUGCUAAUCUCCAGGGGCUGACGCCACUCAAGUUGGCCGCUAAGGAGGGGAAGAUCGAGGUUUUCAAGCACAUUCUGCAGCGAGAGAUCUCUGGGGGGUACCGGCACCUCUCCCGGAAGUUCACCGAGUGGACGUACGGGCCUGUCCAGGUAUCGCUCUAUGACCUGUCCUCUGUGGAUAGCUGUGAGGACAACUCGGUGCUGGAGAUCAUUGCCUUUGGCUGCAAGGCCCCGAAUCGACACAAGAUGGUGACUUUGGAGCCACUGAACAAGCUACUGCAGGAGAAAUGGGAGUCGCUGGUCACCAGAUUUCGCUUCAAUUUGAUUUCCUACUUCCUGUAUAUGUUGAUCUUCACAGCUGUCACCUACCACCAGCCUGUCCUGGGGAAGAACUUCAUUCCUCUGAAAGCCACAGUGGGUAACUCAAUGCUGCUGAUGGGACACGUCUUCAUUCUCUUUGGGGGACUCUAUCUCUUCUUUGGCCAGCUUCAAUACUUCUGGAGGAGACGCCUGUUCAUCUGGACAUCGUUUGUCGAUAGCUACUUUGAGAUCCUCAUCUUAAUCCAGGCACUCACCUCCGUGGUCGCCCAGGUGCUGUGCUUCCUAGAACUCAACUGGUACCUGCCCAUCCUGGUUUUCUCUUUGGUUCUGGGUUGGAUAAACCUUCUCUACUACGCUCGUGGCUUCCAGCAGACAGGCAUCUACAGUGUCAUGAUACAGAAGGUCAUCCUCCGAGAUCUGCUGCGCUUCCUCUUGGUCUACUUCGUCUUCCUGUUCGGCUUUGCCAUAGCGCUGGUGAGCCUGAGCAGGGAAGCCCCCCCGCCCACCUUCUCCAACCAGUCCCUGGCGGAGGCGGACAAGGUCCCCUACGGAGGCUUCGUCGAGGCGUCCCUGGAGCUCUUCAAGUUCACCAUCGGCAUGGGCGAGCUGGAGUUCCACAAGGAGCUGCAGUUCGAGGGCUUCAUCAUGUUCCUGCUGCUGGCUUACGUCCUGCUCACCUACAUACUGCUGCUCAACAUGCUCAUCGCCCUCAUGAGCGAGACCGUCAACAGCGUGGCCACCGACAGCUGGAGCAUCUGGAAACUGCAGAGAGCCAUCUCAGUCCUAGAGAUGGAGAGGGGCUACUGGUGGUGCAAGAGAAAGAAGGAACGGUCAGGCAUUCUCCUUACGGUGGGCACCACUCCAGACCAAAAGCCAGAUGAAAGAUGGUGCUUCAGAGUGGAGGAAGUGAACUGGGCCACUUGGGAGGAGGAGCUGCAGACUCUGAAGGAAGAGCCGGAGGGCGCUUUGCAGCCCGGGCAGACCCUCCCAGGCACAGCCUGGAGGCGACUGCUGUCAUCCAGGGCCCGAGAUGAAACGACCUCAGAGGACCAAGUGCCCCUACGGACUUUCAGUGCCUGAGGAUGGGAUUGGCCUGUGUGGCAGCACCUGGAAUCAAGUGCAGGUGCCAAGGAGCCCAGAGCCGGAGCCAAGCAUACUGCUAUGCUGAACCCCGGAGGGAGGAAAGCCCCUCUCCCCAUGUUCCUGGUACCUGACUCCAGAAGUACCUUAUGCACAGGGGCCCCCAGGGCUUUUCAUGCUCAAUUCUUCUUGUGGUAUUAGAACACAGCUGCCUUAGACGUCUAGGCUAGAACGGAACUCCUGCCUCUGCUUUGUAACCCAGCAGGGUGACCUUGGCCAAGUCAUUUCCCUUCCUCUGUUUCUGCCUCUGUAAAAGGCAGAUUGACCUAGACAAUCUCAAAGACCUAGUUCAGUGUUAAGUCUACAAUCUGCAAGACAGCUAGGUGUCAGCUGGAGCUGGGAAGACCUGAGUUUGAAUCCUGCCUCAAGUCCUUGCUAGCUGUGUGACCCUGGGCAAGUCAAUUAAUCUGAGCCUCAGUUUCCUCAUCUGUAAAACCGGGAUAAUAGCACCGACCUCACACGAUUGUGAGAGUCAAAUGAGAUAAUAUACAUAAGGUGCUCUGCUGACCUCAAAAGCCCCGUAGAAAUGGUAGUUUUUAUUGGGCUUAUUAUUAUUAGUAAUGUAGUAAUAGCAGUAGUAGUCGUAAGUAGCAGCAGCGGCAGUAGUAGUAGUGGUAGUAGUAGUGGUACUAGUAGUAGUAGCAGUGUAGCACCUGCAUGGUACAGUACAAAAACUGCUGGAUUUGCAGGAAGAGGCCCUGGGUUCUGCUAUUUAUUUGCGAUGUGCCUGUGGCUAAGUCAUUUCCUUUUUCUGUUCCAAAAUGAGGGGGUCUGACUUUAAUGACCUCAAAUUCCCAUUCUGUGAUCCUGUUGGGGGGGGGGUCCCCUGAAGCUUCCCUAAGUCAAUCCCCACUCAGUCCCAAGUGCCUGAAACUACCAGUGUGGACCCAGGGGACAAGCUGCAGGGAUGAGGACUCUCCCUGCCAUCAUUCUCAGGAACUCAGAGGCUGCAGCCCUGCUGGGUACAGGGCCCUCCAGCCGGGACUGGGCAGGUAUCCAGGCUGUGUCUACACACAGAGAGUUGAGAAUGCGGGUAAUUCACUUUUUGAGUGUGUGUAGACUUAGUCUUCCCAAACAAAGAUGGGCUCCCACUGCUAGAAACUGACAGCCCAGGAGAGGCGAGAUGAUAUAUGUGGAGAGGUGCUGAUAGGGCAGGGGAUGCUGGGUCCCAUGAGGUGGGGAUGCUCUGGUAGCCCCUAUACUGAAACACCCUUUGAUUUCCCCUAAUGUUUAAGAACCUCAUGCUUCAAAGGUGCCUGAUUUCAUCAGGGCAUGUGCCCCCUCCACUGAGGUUGUGGUGGCUACAGAAACCCAUCACCUGGGAGCGAGCAUGCUGGUGAGGAGCCCUUUUCAGUCGAACAGUUAACUUGUGCUCUGGUGAGGCCUGGUAGGACCUUCCCGAGAAUGACCUAGAAUGUAAGCCCAGGAGAGCUGGGGCUGUUCCUUUCUCUUUUUUAUUUUGUGUUCCCAGCCCCUAGAACGGCACCUGGCCCUUGACCUGCUGCUCAAUUGGCUGCUUGACAUAGCCUUCAAGUUAUCUCCAUAAGUCAAUGAGGCUUCACAGGAGGCCCUUAGAGGAAAUGGAGCCAAUAAAAGACACAGAUGAUUUGUCAAGUGAAACUCCUGGGUCCGGCAUUUAAAGCCCUUCUAACAGUCAGACUCCAAUCUAACUUUCCCGGCUUACUCCACAGUAUGGGCCCCUGCUUCACUCACUCUCUAUUCCAGCCAGACUGGAUUACUGGCUGUGUCCUCCAAAUGACAUUCCAGCUCCAGCCAGCAGGACGCCUGCUUUGGGCCAUCCACCGGUGACAGCCCCUCUUCCUUCCAGCCUUAGCUCGGGCCCCACAGCUUCCCAGGUCCUGGGCCCCUCAGCUGGAAGGGGGUGCUUCCACCUCCCAUUCUCCUGGAAUUACCUGGAUCUCUUCUUCGCCUUCAUCUUCCUGAUUUGCGUACAUGUUGUUUUCCUUCAAACAGAUUGUAAAGUCGUUGAGGGAAAGACCCUCGUCAUUUCCGUCUUUGUGUCUUCAGGGCAACGUAGCACAGUGUCUUGUACUUAGUAGGCAUCGAAUAAAUUUGUAUGGAUUUGAAUCAAUCAAUAUAUGUAAUUCGAAGAACACGCAAUAAAUUAUGAAUUAAAUUCUAAUCAACUGCCA